UAACUCGAGCAAGCUAUUAGGCCCAAUUGGUGAAAAAAAUCUUUUAGGUCCAACUAUGCGAUGGCCCAAUAAUUUGCCCAAACUAGAGUUUCAGGAGUCAUAAGUAAAGAUCACGCGCACUCAGACACAACGGCACAAUGAACAAGCGACGCGUGUGAUCACGCUCCACAUGUCCCCUUGCUUCUUCUUCUUUUCCUUUUUCACCUCUUCAAUUUCCUCAUAGUUCCCUCCGAUCCAUAACCUAAACUUUCCUCAAUUCUCCGUCACAUUUUCCCCUGCAAAUUGAAGAAAAGUACAGGGUUCAAAUGGGUAAUCAAGGCGAAGAAUUGAUGGCAACUUACAAAAGUUCAAACUUUACAGGGGGUUGUUUGGAAAUCCGUUUGUUCUACGUACGCAUAGCUUCAUGUGCAGUAGACGUCGUUCCGGAUCACCUCGUAAUCCGUCACCUCCGCCUUGGAAUGGGUGUUUCGUUGGAGAUUAAUGGGUGUCGAAUUCCAGCCUCCGACACCGUUUCUGUCACUCUACGCCGUGACAGGGUUGAUAAGGGAUCAUCGGAGGUGACGUACGUGAGCAAUGACAAUGUUAGAGUUUCAGGGCUGGUGGAAUUUGAGGUACAUGAAGAGAAAGAGGAGUUAAUACUUUGUGGGUCAUUGGAAAGAGUGGAGGGUACUUCGGAUAAUGGUAAUGGGACUGGGUGGAGUAUGGAUUGUUACAAUGCGGCGUCCUUUGGCAGUGGUGAGGCACCGUUCUUUCCUUUCGCUGUUCGUGUCAAAAUUUUGUAUUGGAGCAGACCUCUGAGAUGGCAACUAAGGGUGUGGCCUAGCAGUGAUGAAAUUGGAAGUUGGAACAAAGAUUUGAGAGAUGAGUACCGUGUGUUUUGGCAGAUCACAGACUCAGAGUUGGAUGAUUAUGAGUCGGAAGGAAAAGCUGGAUAUGGCUUUUACUCAGAAGACAUGUACCACGGUGAAGAUGGUCAACUCUCCUGGUUCAACGCUGGAGUAAGGGUUGGAGUGGGGAUAGGCCUUGGGAUGUGUGUUGGUGUUGGAAUUGGGGUGGGUCUACUUAUGCAUUCUUAUCAAACAACCACUAGGAACCUGCGGAGGAGGUUCUUUUAGGCAUGAGAAGUUCAGUGCGAGUAAACUGUGGUCGUUAUUGACUUGAUUUGAAGAUGAAAAUCAAGAUCGUUAAUGGUUGUUGCGAUGUUCAGCAUCCAACAGUAAGUAGGCAAUAGAGGAUAACAUAGUGGAACCGCUGAGUUGUGACAUUUGAUAUAAAUAAAUGUCAGGUGUGAGGCUAGAGUGAAUAUCAGUUCUUGAUAAUACUGAAAACUACCCUCCAUCAAAGACUUUUACCGGAAUGUUGACUGAAAUACAGAUGUAGCUGUAUUUGAAACCAUUGGGAACGAUGUGUUUAUAGGUAUAGUAACGUGUUGUGAAGUUUUUCUGGGUAGUUAGCGCGGGAUGAAGCUAACGUCUUUUUCGGCAUUACUUUUUGUGAGUUUACAUUAGUCGUUCAAUUUUGGUUGUUGCAACAAGCUGCCAUUGUGUAAUAAGGCCCCAUUUGGCCCAAAUUAACAAAUAUUCUUAGCAAGUUAUAUUUGAGAGAAAUUUUGGUAAAAUUGCAUCA